CCGAAUCGAAACCCUCGUCGCAUUGCCCGAUACUUUCUCGACCUUCAAUCCAAUGGCGACUACGAAGAAGAGCAAGCCGCAGCCGCCGCCCGAGUCGAAGGAAUCCGAAGAAGAACCCAUCGCCACGGCUGGGGAGAAGAAGAGGAAGAAGAAGCCGGGCAACGAGAUCGAUGAGAUUUUCCAAGGAAAGAAGGCCAAGAAGAGCAAGACGUCCGCCGCGGGCGAAGAAGAAGCACGGGAGAAAGGAAAGAAGCAGGCUAAGGGAACGGGGGAGGGCGGUGGAAGUAAGAAGACGAAGGAUAAGACGAAGAAGAGGCGGGAAGUGUCUUUGGAUGAAGGCUCCGAGGCACGGGCGCGGCGGAGGAAAACGGGGGACGGUCUCGCCAUUUACUCGGCCGAGGAGCUCGGUUGGGGGAACUCGGAAUCAGGGGGAACCCCUCUUUGCCCUUUCGACUGUUCCUGCUGCUUCUGAUCCUCUGAAGAUCUCAAAAAGGUGGCACCUUUCUUCUUACUUCUUAUUCUGGUGUUAUCAAGUGCCUAAUUUUGUGUCAUUUGAUCAUUCUGAGUACGACGUGUGAAGGUCGAACGUUUUAACAAUUAGAUGAAUAGACUUAAAACUCUGUACGAAUCAUCUUUAGGUUAUCAUAUUUUGUAUUGAUAUGAAGAUCUCAUCAAUUAUUCGCAUGAAUUAUUGGUAUUCUUUAUGCCAAAAGUGGUUUAUAUGGAAGUCGCUUUUUAAGCUU